AUGCCACACGCGUUUCAUGCUCCAGUCAACUUCGCAAUGUCCUCCUUGCGCUUAGAGACAUUUCCUACCUCCACAGACGAGAGCCAGAUAGUUUUCUGCCCUCCUGUGAAACCUUGGCGGUCGGACCGACCACAAUUCAGCAAAGAGGACAAAAUUGCUAGCUCAUCGCAUCAUGGGGCUGUGGCAAGAGCCAAAACAAAUGAAAAACCGACAGGCCAAUCGCACGCUUGGACAAACCAUUGGCUUGAAUUAGGUUACAACGUUGGGGAACUGGUUACUGGCCAAUGGGUUUACCUAGAGGACGCGCAGUUCUUUGUGGCGGAAACACCCUCCUCUGGCUUGCAAAGAUUUAAAUGCUCUCCCUCCUGUGCUAUCGAAGAUUGCGUUACCAACUACAGCUCUCAUCCACCUCCUGGUAUCAUCGAAAGAUGGGAACUGCUGGACACUGGUCUUUUGGCUAAUGCAAUCAUGCACUCCGGAACGUUGCCAUUGUCACUGGGAACACGCGUCGCAUUCACCACCCCUCCAUCUACUAGCUUCCACGGCGCGUACAUCGUAGAUUUCCCCGACGACGAAACGGUUGAAGUCCGGGUGGCAGUUAAUGGUUCAGCUAUCGAUCCCCGCGCUACCGACCUUGUCAAUUCCUUGUUAGAGCCUCCCUACCCAUCUGACCUCCUCACCGUACCUCGAGCUAUGGUGCAUCACCACUUAUUUUCCCAUGCAAGCCCUCUUGCAAUUGGAGACAGAGUUUGCUCGGGCACUCUAAUAGGGAGCAUCAAGAGGCUUGAUCGCGAGGGAAAGGAUAUAUUUGCUUGGGUCAAGGAGGAGGCGCACCAUGAAACCAUGCAUCGCGUUCACGCGUCACGCCUUAAUAGGCAUUUUGUUCAAGGGGAUCGAGUUCGGGUUGUGCAUGGACCGCAAGCACAUACCCAAGGCAUUAUCAAACGAAGAUUCUUCCUCAAUGAGACCUUCAAGACGGUUCUAGCAGCAGAAAUAUGUUCGGGCCAAGAUCACUCCAACACAUUCACCAUUCUGACCACGGACAUUACCCUUGUUGAAACCCCCUUCACUGACGUCGGACUCAAUUGGGCUCUUCAAUACGAUGCAGGACCGAGAUGGCUCUGUCAUGAAAAGUUGAUGAACCGCCGGCUCGACGUCAUAAUUUGCGCCAAGAAGAACUUCGCUCGGAGCAAUUAUGGCUACGAAGCCAUUCACAGUCUUUCAGCAGGCUACAUCGAACUUGACUCUCUGCCGCAUCCAAAUCGUUUGGCAAAGCUCAUCACGGUAUAUCCAGACACCGGUGGAAGGCGUGCCCGCGGUGUACCAGCCAGGGAUCUACGGCCAGUGGACACUUGUUUGAAUCCAAAGACUGGUCUUAUCUGCAAAAUUACCCAAGUAGGGGUUCGCAUUGUUGUCAUCGGGCCUGAUUUCCGCGGAAGGUGGAACGACCUUGGGUUAUAUGGACUUGUUCUCCCCGAGCACAGUGUGGACAGCAGAGUUGCCGUCAAGUUGCAAAAUGUCGAUUUGAGCGAUGUCACCAGCUUCUGCACAAACUAUUUUCCUCUCGGGAGUCUUUGCCGAUCUUCGAAUGCGGACGGCAUCAAGACCAAGGCUACGCGGUUCUUUUAA